AUGGUGAUGGAACUGACUUUUGUCAAUCAGUAUGGAGAUGGUGCUCCCAAGCGCCGUCGUCUAGCCAAAGCCUGCGAAAGCUGCCGCGCCAGGAAGAAACGCUGCAUACAUUUUGCAGGAGCGAAUAACAAGUCUAACGAGGAUCAUGAUGAAGAUGAUAGGGACGAUACACUCCCAAACGACACAUCAGCCCUGGCAAAUGGCAUCUCUCAUUCUCGGUCGGCCAGGAGUGGCGUGCGACGUUUCAUCAGCGACAUGAAUCCUGCGACCACUUUCUUGCAUAGGAACAAUCAUCAUGUUGGCGAGACCGGCGUUGAGCAAAACGAGGACAUUGGCAUCUGGGUCGACAAGCGCGAGUGGGAUGCACUUAUCCGCCAGAAGAAAGAGGCCAACGAAGAGGCAACGAAGUCCGCCCAGCUGAACAAUCAACGGCCCCAUUCUGCAGUUCUUGCACCACUAAUCGAUAUCUACUUCAAGAAGAUACAUGUCAUCUUCCCAAUACUCAAUGAAGAAGAGUUCCGACGGGAUCAUGCUGGAGGCCUUAUUCCGGAGCCGUUGGCUCAUGCAAUGUGUCUGGUGGCAGCCAAAGACCCAGAAGCUGCGCCGCAUCUGCGUCUAUCUCAAUCGGAUGUGCCGCUUGCACCUCGUGAGUUCUGUGGCAGGCUACAUGCAUCGGUCAUGGCGGCGAUUAGGGUUCCUGUUCGAUAUGAGAAGAUCAUGUUGAUCCGCAUCUUGGCAUUGGCCUCUCUUCACGCCGAGGGUCAGGAUGGUGCGGAAGAGGCCACCAUGUGCGCCAACCAAGCAAUGCACUACACACAGACGCUAGGCUGGCACCUUGGGCAGCAGACAGAUGUCGCUUCUGGGGAUAACCUUACCACGAAGCGAUUAUUCUGGUGUCUCUGGAGCCUGGAUAGGAUCAACAGUUGCAUUUAUGGGCGACCCAUCAUGAUGAGUGAUAUCGACAUCGCUAUAGAGCCUUUCGAGCCGGGUGAAAGCGGGUUUCCAGCGUUCGAAGUUUGGCUCUUCAUCACCAGGCUGAUGAACAAGAUCAUCCAUUUCUACAGACCUGGCAACCCCCCGUCUGUGACCGGAUGGGAAGAGGAACACUAUCCUAGCUUCGAGGAAGCUGUCGAUGAGGGCCAAGCCUGGGAUCAGCCACAGUCCGUCCUAGCGACUCUUCAUCUCUUCUAUCUCUCCGUGGCCAUACUUUCUCAUCGUUCUAGAGGAGUCAAGUAUAUGCCCCGAUCUGGACCAUCUUACGUCCGGCAAAACUUGUGCUCUAUCGAGCUGCAUCGCUUAAUGAAGUCGCAACUAUUUACAUUGCUGCACCCGUUACCGAUCCUGCCCUACGCCAUAUCGCUAGCUCUGUCAGUCUCCUACCAGCAUCUACGACAAGCGCAGCUGAAUCACCAACAAGAGGAUGCCCGCGAGGACUUUCGAACUUGCUGCAAAGUCUUGCAGACUCUACGACGAACCUGGUCAUCUGCCGACGUCAUUGCAACGAUAGCCAAGAAAGUCCUCGACGAAGUCAACAAAGUAUCCGACCUGUCCUCCUUCAGAGUGAGCAGGCUCAGUGAUCGAGCGCGGAAUAGUCCUGGCAUCUGCACAGCUUCGCUCGCUCGACCAGACACCAUCAUCGACCAGCGGGAAGACCAAGACACCGAAGCAGAAGGUACUGAUCUUGCAGACACCGCAGCGGUCCACGAUCUGAAUGGCGUGUCGACUCAAUACAACCCUGAGCUCUUCGAAGGCAUGGAUGAUCUCUUUGGCACGUACAUGGAUCCGAACUAUCCAGUCAACCUGGAUGACUUCUCUUUCGUUGAUGACUUGAGUCCGCUGGACUGGAAUGCUAUGCCUACGCAAGGUAUGACUACUGGAGGGCAACAAGCUUGA